AUGAGUGUCGUCGGUGUCGAUUUCGGAACCCUUAACACAGUCGUCGCUGUUGCGAGAAACCGGGGUGUCGAUGUGAUCACCAACGAGGUCUCUAACCGGGCGACUCCAUCGCUUGUUGGCUUUGGCCCCAAGUCCCGCUAUCUCGGUGAGCCCGCGAAGACUCAGGAGAUUUCCAACCUCAAGAAUACCGUCGGUUCUCUCAAGCGCCUGCUCGGCCGCACGUUAAACGAUCCCGAUGUCCAGACCGAGCAGGCUUUCAUCUCGGCCCCUCUGGUCGAGAUCGACGGCCAGGUCGGCGCCGAGGUGUCGUACCUCGGCGAGAAGACCAAGUUCUCUGCCACCCAGCUCACAGCCAUGUUCCUCGGCAAGAUCAAGCAGACCGCUGCUGCCGAGCUCAAGCUCCCAGUAUCCGACCUCGUCCUGAGCGUUCCCGCCUGGUUCACCGAUAUCCAGCGCCGCGCCCUUAUCGAUGCCGCCGAGAUUGCCGGUCUCAGACCGCUCCGCCUCAUCAACGACACCACCGCCGCCGCUCUCGGCUACGGUAUCACCAAGCUGGAUCUCCCCGGCCCUGAUGAGAAGCCCCGCCGCGUUGCCUUUGUCGAUGUCGGUUACUCCAGCUACACCUGCUCCAUCGUCGAGUUCAAGAAGGGCGAGCUCUCCGUCAAGGGUACCGCUUUCGAUCGUCACUUUGGUGGCCGCAACUUUGACAAGGCCAUCGUUGACCACCUCGCCAAGGAGUUCCACGGCAAGUACAAGAUCGACAUCAACUCCAACCCCAAGGCCCUCUGCCGCGUCUACGCCGCUGCCGAGAAGCUCAAGAAGGUGCUCUCUGCCAACCAGCAGGCACCUCUCAACAUUGAGUCCCUGAUGAACGAUGUCGACGUUCGUGCUAUGAUCACACGUCAGGAGUUCGAGGCUAUGGUUGAGCCCCUUCUCAACAAGGUCCACGUUGUUCUUGAGCAGGCCCUUGCCGACUCCAGGCUCACCAAGGAGGACAUCGACAUUGUCGAGGUUGUUGGCGGCGGCAGCCGUGUCCCCUCUAUCAAGGAGCGCGUGCAGAACUUCUUCAACAAGAACCUCUCCUUCACCCUGAACCAGGACGAGGCUAUCGCCCGCGGUUGCGCUUUCAGCUGCGCCAUUCUCUCCCCCGUCUUCAAGGUCCGCGACUUCGCCGUCCAGGACAUCAUCAGCUACCCCAUCGAGUUCGCUUGGGAGAAGGAUGCCGACAUCCCCGACGAGGACACCAGCUUGACCGUCUUCAACAAGGGCAACGUCCUGCCAUCAACCAAGAUUCUCACCUUCUACCGCAAGCAGGCUUUCGACCUCGAGGCCAGAUAUGCCCAACCAGAGGGUCUCCCCGGAAAGGUCCCUCCUUUCAUCGGUCGCUUCUCCGUCAAGGGCGUCAAGGCCACCGGCGGCCCAGAGGACUUCAUGAUCUGCAAGCUCAAGGCCCGUGUCAACAUUCACGGUGUUCUCAACGUCGAGAGUGGCUACUACGUCGAGGACCAGGAGGUUGAGGAGGAGAUCAAGGAGGAGAGUGACAAGAAGGAAGGCGAUGUGAGUAUUCUCCCAACACGUGAAAACAACCCCUUAUCGGUGGAUUCCACACAGAUGAACACCACGGGUGGAAUGGAGGAGGUGCCUGUCAGAUCGCCGAAACGUCGCAAGACCGAGGCGCCCGCGACUAGCGAAUCCGAUCACCACGCUGGAGCUGUUGGGGAGGAAGAUGACGACGAGCAAGAGAGAAAUAAACUAACCACCGAAUCUUUUACACAAAAGGCCAUGGACACAGACGAGAAGCCCAAGACCCGCAAGGUCAAGAAGCAGGUUCGCAAGGGCGACCUGCCAAUUGUCAGCGCCACUCUCUCCCUCGACCAGGGCGCCAAGGCCCAGCUCUUUGAGAAGGAGUCCGCCAUGGCUAUGGAGGACAAGCUUGUCGCCGACACCGAGGAGAAGAAGAACGAGCUCGAGACCUACAUCUACGACCUCCGUAACAAGCUCGACGACCAGUACUCUGAGUUUGCCAGCGACGAGGAGAAGGAGAAGAUUAAGGCCAAGCUCGAGGCUACUGAGGACUGGCUCUACGACGAGGGUGACGACACCACCAAGGCCGUCUACGUUGCCAAGAUUGAUGAGAUCCGCGCUCUUGCCGGCCCCAUCGUCCAGCGCCACUUCGAGAAGGUCGAGGCCGACAGGCAAGCACUCCAAGCCCGCCUGGAUGCCGAGAGGGCGGCGAAGAAGGCCGAGGAGGAGGCCCGCAAGGCUGCCGAGUCCAAGUCAGACUCCAAGGAUGAGGAGAUGACGGAUGCGGACGCGCCAAAGGCCGAGGUUGAGGAGGCUGGCGAUCCUUAG